UUUUUCUUGUCUGUUGUAGGUUUUGUAAAAGACACCGGAUUAAGUCAAAUUCAAAUGUUCCAUGUGUUCCAAAAGACUUGUUGAUGAUGUCAGAAUUGGUUCUUCCACAGUUUAUCUUUAGUCUUAUUCAGCACUUACGAGAGGGAUAUAAUGAGCCAGCUCUUGAUCUGCCAUCAGAGAAAGACCUUCAUAAAAUCCUCCAGGUUUUGGAGCCUCACGUUUCCUUUCUAGAAGACUUGACCAAAAUGGGAGGAGCAAUGCGAUCAGUUCUUACCCAGGUUUUGACUAGCCAACAGUUCUACAAAGAUCUCAGCUCUGGUGUUGGAGAGAAUGCAAGUGCGAAGAAAAGUCAUGAAAAGUACCUCAUUGCUUUGAAAGGCUCAGGACUGGCAUUUCCUGAGGAUAAACUUACAUGUGGCAUGGAGGAACAAGGAGCUGGUACUAGCACACUAGCCAUUCAAGGUUUGGCAGGUGCUACGGCAACAUCAGGACAAGGGGAUUCUUCAGAUGAGGAGGACCAGGAUGGUAGCCAAGGUGUGGGCAAGCGCAAGAGGGUGAAACUAAGCAGCAGCACCAAAGGAUUGUAGUCUUCCCCCCACUGAGGUAUCCCAACAUGGACUGUGCUCAUGAUGUUGGUAGCUCCUAAUAUCAGCCCCACAGGAGGGAGUCUGCCAGUGGGGGAAAGGAUCAGUCUAUCAUGGAUGUUUUGAAGCAUAAAUGUUUUCUAGAAGAAUUGUUGUUUUGGACAAUAAAAUAUGAAUUUCCACAGAAG